GAGCGAUCCGGGCUGGUGGGCUAGAGAGCGCCGCAUAAAAUGUCUGAAAAUCGGGACGAAAUUCUCGCCGACUUUCAGAGCAUAACGGCCAUCGACGAUGUUGCCGAAGCUAUAUUCCACCUUGAAGCAUCCAACUGGAAUUUAAUUUCUGCUAUACAGCGCGUACUGCCACAGGACCCGACUGAUCACCAGACGGCAACCGUCUCAUCAUACAGUGCGAGCGAUCGAGCCAGCAGUAAUGGCGGGCACAACAGCAGCAGCACACCACACAGUAACAACAGUGCCGCGACGUCCUCGUCGGCAUUGUUUGCUGGCACCAGUUCCGAUAUAGCACUGUACGGGAAUAAUCUUAACUAUCUGGAGGAAACGAUGCCGGACGUGAGGGACCAAAUAAAGGUUCCGUCACCGGUGAAAAUGAAUUUCACCGGCAAAAAGAAUGUAGGCAACAGUAGUAGCAGUAGCGGUAGUAGCAGUAGUGGAAUGGCUUUUAACAUUUCCGAUGUUGGUGCAUCUUCGUCGCGAUCCAACAGUAAUCACGAUUUUCGUACCGCCCUCAACUGUCUGGACACGAAACCGCUCGAUGUACUGUUUAAUGUGCAGUUUAAAAAUGAACACCAUCAGAUCAGGAUCUCGAACCAGGCGACGAUCGGUGAUUUGAAGGCGAGAAUAUUCGACAAAACACGGGUACCGGUGUGUAGGCAGGCGCUGAAAGGCUGGGAACCGGGCAAACAGAAGGACAUUUCGAACCUUAGCACCCCGCUGAAAGCGCUCAACAUCGUCGGGAAGGAGGUGAACCUAAAGCUGAUCGAUCUUACGCCGGAAGGUUUCCUCGGGGACGCUGACGUGGAGCUUCACGCGGCACUAAAUCAGCAAAUGUAUCUGCUACACAUCAACAUACAGCCCGAAAACCAGCUGCUGCAUCUAAACUUUCCCGCUCAACAGGACAUACUGUCGAUCAAGAAUCACGUGUACACUAUUACGGACAUCCCGGUGCGCCACCAGGUGUGGUCCGGAUGGCCGAACAACAUUACCAACCAUACGACGCUGGCCGAGUCGGGGCUGGGGCUGGAGCACAAUCUGCUACUAAAGCGUGCGGACGAAGCGAACAAGCCAAGUAAUAAUAAUAAUAAUAAUAACACUAUCAGUAAUAGUAACAGCCAUCUGCUGAAUGCGCUCAGCAGUAGUGCGGGCACCAGCGCCAACAACAGUCACAGCAGCAGUAGUGGCAGCCGUCCGGUGCUUAACUUCGGCAACGACAGCUUACCGAUCAUUCCAAUCGAUUCGGAGAGCAGCGGCGAAGAGUUUGAGGAUGCGUCCGACUUCAAUAACGACGAUGACAUCUUCACCGAAACGCCGAUCAUAAAUCAGCAGAAGCGUUUAAUACCAGACAACGUAGACGAUGAGACGAUUGGAAGCAUACAGUUUGUGGAGAAUUUUGCCGAACGCUUUGGGCCGCAGCACCCAAUGUUCUUCCAGGGUAGCCUGGAGGAUGCGCUGAAGGAAGCCUGCCACCGGCCAUCGGCCCGAGACCGCAAACUUUUGGCAAUCUAUCUGCAUCACGAUGGAAGCGUGCUGACAAACGUGUUUUGCGGCCAGCUAUUAGCCUGCGAAAGUAUCAUCCAAAUUCUGUUGGAACAUUUCGUCCUGUAUGGGUGGGAUUUGACGUUUGAAAGUAACAAAAAUAUGUUUUUAUCAUCAAUAUCGGCUUGCGUAGGCAUGACGGCCUCAAUAACGGUGCGCAACAUACCGACCGAUCGGUUACCGGCCAUUCUUGUGAUAUCGAAAAAUCGUAGCCAGUGUGAGGUGUUUCAGGUGAUCUAUGGUAAUGUGGGCGUAGAUGAUCUGCUGUCAAAGCUGAUGGAAGCGUCCGACAUGUACAGCGAACAGUUAAAGAUCGAGCUGCGCGAAGAAAAUGAACGGUUCGCCCGGGAGCAGGUAAAGCUCGAGCAGGACGCGGCCUACCGCGAAAGCCUCGAAGCGGAUCGCGCUAAACAGGAAGCCAAACGGCAGAAGGAGAUGAUGAUGCAGUCCGAACGGCGCCGGCUCGAAUCGGAACGAGCGGAAAACGAAGCAAAGCGUGAGCUGAUUCGGGCGAAAGCCCGCAGCACAGUGCCGGAUGAGCCGCAGCAAAGUAGCGGCGAUAGCAUAACCAAAAUCCGGGUGCGUACACCGGCAGGAGAAAUGCUUGAGCGCAAGUUUACCGUCGAUACGCCGCUGGAACUGUUGCUGAACUAUAUUACCGCCGAGGGGUACCUGAUCAAUGAGUUUAAAGUGUUCUCAGGCUGGCCUCGUACAGACUUAACAACGCUAAAUCGCGAAAGCACGCUGAAGGAACUUAAGCUAUAUCCGCAGGAAACGUUGAUCCUCGAGGAACGAUGAUUGAACCAUGUAAUGCGAGUGAAACGUUUGC